CUUUGGGGCUGCCUGUAGCUCCCUGACGGGCCAUCACCCUGGGGAAAAACAGGGCAGGGGCUGCAAGGGCCUCUCAAGGGGGAGAGGGUACAACAGAGCCGAGCCCCCCUGCACCCCUGCCUGGCUGCAUUGGGGUGGCAGGGGGGUGGCAGGGGCUCCUUCCUUUCCCCAGUUUCCCCAGCUUUCACACGAUGGCAGCAGAGGCAAGGAAACGCGUUCAGACUCAUGCGGAGCAGGAUUGAGCUGGGGUCUCCGCUCCUGGCCUGGCUGCCCACGCUGUCCAACCGUGCCCGCUGCCCCAGCGUGCCCCGCGCCGCAGCCUGCGCCGGCCUCCGCAGCCAGGAUCAGGCCCCAGCUCCUCCUCCGGCCGCCCCGUGACGGUCCCAGGGGUGACACUACCUGCCCAACCUGUGCUGCGACACCCAGUCCCACCCCUUGAGUCAACCGGCCGCGCCGCACUGCCAACCUGGCCGGCCUUGCUGCCUCUGCCCGGGACCCUGCUCGCACCCCGCUCAUUCCCUGCUCGCUCCCCGACAGAGAGGAAACUUUGUCCUCCUCCACCUCCUCCCUCAGCGCCUCUCGGGGCCCGGCCCACCCUGCACCGGCUGCUCGAGGCUUUGCAGCGGGAAGGAGGAAACCAAGCGGCGGCCGCCCCGGCGAGGGCGGGAGGCAGCCGGGGCGACAUGGGCAGCGCCGAGGAGGAUUAUAACUUUGUCUUCAAGGUUGUCCUGAUCGGGGAGUCCGGGGUGGGCAAAACCAACCUGCUCUCCCGCUUCACCCGCAACGAGUUCAACCAUGACAGCCGCACCACCAUCGGCGUGGAGUUUUCCACCCGCACCAUCCUGGUGGGAGACGCCGCGGUGAAGGCUCAGAUCUGGGACACGGCCGGGCUGGAGCGGUACCGCGCCAUCACCUCUGCGUAUUACCGGGGGGCUGUGGGUGCCCUGGUCGUCUUUGACAUCACCAAGCACCAGACGUACGAUGUGGUGGACCGCUGGCUGAAGGAGCUGUAUGACCACGCUGAGGCCAGCAUUGUUGUCAUGCUGGUGGGGAACAAGACAGACCUCGCACAGGCUCGGGAGGUGCCCACGGAGGAGGCAAAAAUGUUUGCAGACAACAACGGGCUGCUGUUUGUCGAGACCUCGGCGCUGGACUCCACCAACGUCGAGCAGGCAUUCGAGACCAUCCUGAAGGAGAUCUUCCACAAAGUGCAGAAGCAGAAGCAGAGGAGCAGCCAAAGCAACAUGGUGUCACUCGCCAGCGAGAGCGCGGAGAGCACGGCCCCAGCGCAGACGGAGAAGCGCCCAUGCUGCGUGGCCCUCUGAGCUGGCCGGGCAGCCCCCGGGGACCCCCGCGGUGCCGGGACACACCAGUGGCGUAGAGCUGGGUCUGCCUCCGCACAGACUCAUCUGGUCACCGGCACCGGCUGGUGCCACCCAGCCUGCGGUGCCACCCCUGUCCUGGUGCAGCGGGCACCAGCAGCCCAGACAGUGGCCAAAUUCUGCCAUAAAUGGUGAGAAGCACCAGUGCCGGGAGCUCUGCUCUGUCUCCUUCAUUUUUGCCAGGCCCUGAUCAGCAUCACCGCCACCAUCACACAUGGACCUCCCGGCCCCUCCGGCCCCGCGGUGCAGAGGACUGAGAUACCCCGAGGCACCUCUGGGGAAGGAGCCAGGCGGUUCUGGCCAGGAUCAUGGCAGUGAUGGGAGACAGACGACGGCGCCUGGCCCUGGGGUUGCUCCUGUGCGGCCACGCUGUGCCACAUGCUGGGGAUGUGGCUGUCCCCACAGGUCUCCGUCCCCACUAGGGACUCCUCUGGGGUCGUCCCAAGCCCAAAGGGGCGAAGUGGCCGUGCUUGGUGCACCACUGUCCCCAUCCCAGACAUGGGAUGAGCGUGAAGGUCCCUCCCAUCUGCAUGGCGGGACAGGGCUCGGUGCAGAGCCUGGUGCCAAGGGGCCCGGGAACAGCUCCGUGUCCAGCGCAACGGUGACACAACCAUUAAAGGACUUGCGAAAUGCAAGUUUGCUGAGCUGGAA